AUGAGACAAAGCAACAAAAUAUAAUGGGGAUCUGUUUUAGGAGAAGCUCAUAAUGUCAAAGCAUAUUCAAAUGUUGGAAUUCAUUAUGAUCAUUAAAAAUGGAAUAGUUAUAAAAGUAUAUUAAAAAAGGAAGAAUCAGGUUUGACAAAGGAUGUAUUUUUAGGAGUAAAGUAAAAAUUUAAAUUUAAAUAAAGAUAUUAAUGUGUAGAAUAUGCAAGAAGAUUUUUAGUCAUUAAUUUUGCAGCUGCAUUUAAGGAUAUAAAUUGUGCUGAUGAAAUUUAUAAGUUAAAUUAUGUAGAUGAUUUAACAACAUUAAAUGGUACCUUAUAAUUCUAGACAUUUCCAAAUAAAGGAAAUCAGUAAUACUAUAAUAAUAUAUAUAGACCUCCUAAAGAGGGAGAUUUGAUAAUUUAUCCAAAAACUUCAAAAUAACCUUAUGGACAUGUAGCUGUUAUAGUUGAAGUGGGUUUGGGAUAUGUUUGUGUAGCUGAAUAAAAUUAUGAAGAUUCUGGAUGGAUAAAGAAAAACUAUGCAAGAAAACUGAAAAUGAAUGAAAUUAAUGGUUAAUAUGAGAUCACAUAAGUUAGAGUUGGGUAAUCAAUAUUAUAAAUAAUAGUUUGGAACAUUAAUAUUAAUAUUGGUGGGAUCGAAAUGAAUAGAUUUUAGGAUGGAAAAGAGUUACUAGAUGA